AUGGCUGAGGAUUGCGCUCUCAUACCCGAAGCUAACACGAUGUAUACAAACAAGGAUUCCUUGAAAGAUGUCAAAGACUUAUCAAAGAACUUAAUGAGCGGGGAAUUUGAGAGGCGAUAUAUAGGCAGUGAUAAUGGGAGGCGGAGGAAGGGUUGUGUUAUUAUGGGGCUGUCUGUGGGUUUAUUGGCUGUCUGGUUGCUUGUGCUAACUGUUGUUAGGGAGGUACAGAUCAAUAAUCUGCGCCAGGAAGUCAAUCAGCUUACAGCGAACAUGAUCGCUAUAUCGGCUAACGUGAUGUCACUCAAUCAGAAGCUCUCCAGCAACAGACUCUUCAAUGAGUUCAAAAAUUUAGAGGACACGAUAUACGCAGACGAAGAUCAAGACAGUAAUUUCGUUGAGACCAAAGAUAAGGUAGGUCAAAGUGAUGAGUCUCUGGACAAGCUGCGUGGAUUGACGGUUUUGGAGGAUGAAAGCCAGCUUGGUGAUGAUGAAGACUUGUAUGACGGUGAUGAAGACGCGGAGAGCGGUGAUUGGUAUCCGGACUACGACAGGAGGAGAGAAAAGGUUGGCACAACGAACAUGGUGCGUUUGAAGCCAGAGGACUUCGUUGGUAAUGUGGCCACUGAAGAUAUAACGACGCUGAAGAAUAUGCUCAACAAAGACCCGGAGCUACCGAACUAUUUACCAGAAACUUCUAGAAAGCGACGUAGCUUAUUCUCCGAUUCAACACCUGAAAACGAUUUCGUUCCUCCGAGAUCAGUGUCAAAACUGGAAGAAAGACGCAAGACGAAAAAAUUCUUCCCAGAAGAGUCCAGCAAGACAGCCGCUCAUCCAGUUUCUAGAACCGCAAGAAAUAGCAAUGAUGAGGAGAGGAGACCAUUCAUCGCAGCUCAUUUCCACGGUAACACUUCGCAUCUGAGCACUGAAAUUCACGAACAUUUCAAAGGUAAUGGUCUAGUACGUGUGGCACACGGCGCUGCCCACGACGUGUGGUAUCCUUCAGGAUGGACCCUGGCCUCGCCCCACCCUCGACCAACACUCACUCGUAAUGGACACGUGCAUGUUCAUCAUAGCGGAGUCUACUUCGUAUAUGUUCAGAUUUACUACCUGGAUAGCCACGACGUGAUCUCAUGGGUGUUACAUCGCACUGGGGCGUACUCUGAGGGUCGUGAUACUCUCCUACAGUGUGCACAGUCCUCACACUCUGCUGAGAGACUUGAUAAACCAAACUCAUGCUUCUCAGCGGCGGCGCUCUUCUUAAGAGCGGGAGAUCGUCUCGCUGUAAGAAAUACCGGCGGAGAUAGACACUCGCUCAUGCAGCCAGAGAAGAGCUUCAUAGGUCUUGUUAAACUGGCUGAUGCGAGCGAACCAGAUUACGAAUUGUAA